AUGUUUGGAGGGCCGCCCUCUGAGGGCAAGAAAAUAACCUGCCCGACCCGCGGGCAGGCGUCGCCUGCCCUCCGCCCGCAAAAGCCCACGGGCGCCCACGGUGUCCAUGGACAAUGGGCCCUAAGGGUAGGGCCCGUCCAUGGGCGUAUUGAUAGUGCCCAUCGCCCGCUUACAUAA